GGGCGGGCGGAAGGCGGCGGAGCGAAGAUGGCAGAGCCGGAGGCGCAGCUGCUACGGGCCGUGGGGCUGAUCGAAAAAGACACCAACGGAGAUGCUUUGUGGGUUUGGUGUUAUCCGUCCGUAACAGCUGAACUGAGGACUCUGUUGCUUCGAAAGUGCUGCCUUACAGAUGAAAACAAAUUGCUCCAUACGUUUGUGUUUGGCCAGUAUAAAAGGUCUUGGUUCUACAUCACAACGGUAGAAGUUCAAGAUUCUCCAGCUUUGAAAAAGGUGACCCACUUCUCCAUUGUGCUGACUGCCCAAGACUUCAACCCAGAGAAGUAUGCAGCCUUCACCAGGAUCCUCUGUAGAAUCUACUUGAAGCAUGGAAGUCCAGUUAAAAUGAUGGAGAGUUACAUUGCAGUCCUUACAAAGGGCAUCUGCCAAAGUGAGGAGAAUGGAUCCUUCCUCAGCAAGGACUUUGAUGCUCGGAAGGCUUACCUUGCUGGCUCCAUCAAAGAUAUAGUGUCUCAGUUUGGAAUGGAAACAGUUAUUUUAUAUACUGCGCUGAUGUUAAAGAAGAGAAUUGUAGUGUACCAUCCUAGAAUAGAAGCUAUCCAGGAAUUUACCAGGACUUUGCCUGCUUUAGUGUGGCAUCGACAAGACUGGUCAAUUCUUCAUUCAUAUGUGCAUCUAAAUGAGGAGGAACUGGAAGCCUUAAAAGCUUGUACAGGUUACAUCGCUGGAUUUACAGACUCUGAAGUGAGCAGUAGAUCAGACCUCUAUGACGUGUAUGUGAAUUUGGCAGACAGUGAAAUUACAGUUUCACCUGUAGUAAAAGAGGCAAUGACAAUGGGAAAACUUCACAAAGAAAUUGGACAACUAAUUGUUCAAUCUGCAGAAGAUCCAGAUAAAUCAGACAGCCAAGUCAUUAAGGACAUUUCUCUGAAGACAAAAGAAAUCUUGGCUACUUUAGCCUCACUUACUGAAGUUUCUGAUGGCAAUGAAAAACCAACCCUUAAUGCUGAGGCCCUGAAACAAAAGCGAUUUCCACCAGCCACAGAAAACUUCCUUUUUCAUUUAGCAGCUGCUGAACAAAUGCUCAAAAUCUGAUUUUGAUGCACUGCAGUGUUAUGGACCAAUUCUGAAAAAGUUGUCUCUGCCACCCAGAUAGGUAUACCUGGUAUUUUAUGUGAAAAACUAAAGGUGUGAGUCAAUGUCCUAGUUA